AUGCUCCUGCUGGCUCUGGCCGUCGCUGUCCCGUUACUGCUGCUCCGCACCUCGGACACCUCCGCUCAUUACUACGAAAUGAUGGGCACCUGUCGGAUGGUUUGCGACCCGUACACCCCAAAACCGGGAGGCGCCACCGCCAUGGAGGUGAUCCAGAACGUAAACGGUAUCGCUCCGCAGCCGCCGAUGGCGCAGGGGAGCCGCGGGGAGCCGGGGCGACCGGGUAAACCGGGAUCUAGGGGACCGCCGGGAGAACCAGGACCCCCGGGUCCGAGGGGGCCACCGGGUGAGCGCGGCAACGGUAAACUCGCCUUCCCCGCGGUAACCGGACCUGUUGGGUCCGAGAACGGCGAGACGGACGGUGUGAACUCCACGGCCAACAGUUUGAGGAUCGCUUUCUACGUCGGUCUGAAGAACCCACAUGAGGGAUACGAGGUUUUAAAGUUUGACGACGUGAUCACAAACGUGGGGAACCAGUACGAUGCGAGCACCGGGAAGUUCACCUGCCAUGUGUCCGGGAUCUAUUUCUUCACCUACCAUGUGUUGAUGCGGGGAGGAGACGGGACCAGCAUGUGGGCCGACCUGUGCAAAAACGGACAGGUACGAGCCAGUGCCAUAGCUCAAGAUGCAGACCAGAACUACGACUACGCCAGCAACAGCGCCGUGCUGCACUUGGACUCGGGAGACGAGAUCUACGUCAAACUGGACGGCGGCAAAGCUCACGGAGGCAACAACAACAAGUACAGCACCUUCUCCGGCUUCAUCUUAUACCCCGACUAAACGCAGCACAGCAGGUUCCAUGGACAGUAAUCACCACUAAAAACUGUUUCCAUUGAAGUACAUGGUCCAAUAUGUUUCUCCUCUUUUGAAGAUAGGUGCCACGACACACAGGCGUAUCUGCAACUGUAUGUUCUGUUGAUUUAGUGAGAGACCUUUUGUAUAUGUGUUUGAUUUAACUUAAGGUCAACAGCUCUACUGUCAUCAGAGUAUGUAUCUUAAUACUGCCGACCUACAGUAACACCCGUACACGCUGAGAAAGCAUCACAUUUCUUAAGUUCCUUUGAAUGAAGGUGAACACAUUUCUAAAAUGCUUUCGGGGAAAUGAGCCCCAGCACAACACAUUUCAUGGCAGCUUCAGUGGAAUCACCAUGAUCAGUGGAUUCUUUUGCGGGGUAAAUACCAGACCUUCCUCACCAAAAAAAUAAAGAUCGUCUGUGCAUGCAGCUUGUUUUACGACCCAUAUUUAUGUUUAUUGUCAGGCAGCAACCUUUAUUGGCCGUAGUAAUUAUGGCGGGAGCAAAGGCGGAAAUCAGGCGACAUAGUAUAAAGAGGGACAAAUUUAAGUCCGCUUUGGGAGGAGG